AUGCACCAGUCAUCCCGCUUGGCCCACCCUCAGGGCAAUGUUGGGCGUGGUGCGGGACACCGCCCAGCAGCCGCUCCCGCCUCGGUACCACCACCAUCGACCCCGCGGAAAAAUGGUGAAGGUCUCAACAACCUCAUUCGCUCGCUCGAACAACGAUAUCAGUGGGACCUCAAGAUCAACUCCAAAUACAGGUCGCCUGCGCAGCUUCAUACUACAGAGGACGCCGUGACCAGCAGGAUACAGCGUCUGUACUACUCCACCGGAUCAGCCCUUCACGACGCUCUCGAAGCAUUUGCGAAUACAGCAAAAUCUCUUGAAAAACACCAACGAUUGCAUGUGCUGUUGAAGAUACUGAAAAGCAAAGGUCAACAUGAGUCGCCAGUCUCCAGAACGGGAACGCCGAUGAGUGCGCGGAACGUGCCGCCGAAAAGCCUCCCAACCCCCCAAACCCCCCAGAGAUCAACCAAGGACACACCGCGAUCCAGAGGUCUCUUCGACAACUACAGACAAGAUGAAGAAGCAUCUCUUCGCGCAGCUAUCCCGGACCCUGGAUCUCCCACGGAUGACGAUGAGGAUGAGUUCGUGACCCCUCCAUCACCAAGGGCGUCAUCAAGAUCGCCAUCUCCAUCAGUUGCCUCCAUAUCCGCGAAAAGAAGGGUUCAGGCAAGUGCUCACCUCUCUUUGCACGCCACCGCCCGGAAACGACCCUCCGAUGGCUCCAAUGAACCUGAGAAGUUGCCAAAGUUGACCAAGAUCUCGAAAGGUAAACAGCCUUUCGAUAGGCCACAAGUUCCUGCUGUGUCAAAGCCGUCUCCACCACGUUUCAAAAAGCCUUCCCUGAACAUGGCGCGUUCAAUCAACGCCCCGACUGCCUCGCAGUCGACUGCAAACACCUCGUUCAAUACGGUAUCAUCAUCCCAGCAAACCCAACCAGACACCGCAAAUACCUCGUUCACGUCUGAUGCCGAUCACACGGAAGUUCCGUACUCGUUCAUGAAGAGAACGAGCUCGACCACGACUGGGUUGCUUGAUGACCAUGAUCUUCUGAGUGUGAAUGCAAAAUUUGCCAAAGAAGCUAUAGCGUUGGAGAGUCAUGCAGAGCCUUCGAACUCUGCAUCACAGGGUCGUGAUAGUUCGUCAACCUGGGGCUCCUCGAUCCCUGAGGAAGAUCUCCUAGAUGCAUCCGCUAGGGUUGAAUUGAUGCACGCCUUAUCUCCUGAAUGUAGACGACUCUCACCGCAACAACCUGCUCAACGACUUGGCAGGUCCCAGCCAGUUCAUUCGCCUGUAAAGAAUGAGUACUUCAAUCACCCCCGCGGUUCGGAGACGUCUUUGAAUCAGUCUUUCCCACCACCACCGGAAGUGAGUGUGAAGCUGUCUCCAGCCAAACCCAUCCUUCACCGCCAAAGCCCGGCCAGCGACCUGUCUCCUGUUAGACCUCAGCAGCAACCUUCACGAGAACAGACGCCAGCAAAGUCUCCCUCCAAGAUCUCGUGCCGCAUUCAAGACAUUCGAACACAAGGGCUAUGCGUUAAAGACAUCGAAGUGCAGUGGCAGGACAUCCCGUACCAUGUCCUUUUUAUCUGUCAGCGUGUUUCCCUAGACUGGUCUGUCUCUUUGCAAGACCUUUUGCGAGAUAUCGACGUUCGUUCCUCAAUGUCCGAUCCAGAGACUUUUUGGUUUUCUUUGCACAGUCACCCGAAAGCCAGGCACAUCAAAUCCAAAGAAACGGACCGGCUGUGGUCAGCUACGAGACGUGGGAUGAAUGCCUUCACUUUCAAAGGACAUAUCAACUUAAGCAACAACCGAUUUGGACCUGUCUUUAACCUUGAGCUCCAUCCCAUACAGCCGGACAAGUCGUGCCGUUUUCAAAGGCACUUCGGUUCUGACCGAUUUUUGUACCUGAAUUUGCCGAAGCUGGAUUUCAGCAAUAACUUUCGCUUCAACAAGGAUGAAGAGCUGCUUAUAAAAAAAGCAUGGAACGACUGGCUCCACACAGAGCACUCUUUUCUGGGUCGCAAAUGGAGGGCGUUUCACAUCGGUCCAAUUAAGCGAGCAAAGUCCAAGGGCGAGAAAAAGACCGCGAUGCACGACAUGCGCAUCGUUCUUUUCGCGACUAAAGGCUAUAGCAUUGAGGAGCCGUGCACUAUCGGUGAGAUGCUCAACUGGUUCUUUCCAUUUGCCAGGAAUCAGAAGCAGAGCUUCUGCAAAGCUUUCGCUCGCAUCGACCUUGGUUUAUCCAAGACUACACCUGCUUUGGGCUUCAAACCAUCGCAGGUCAUUCGUGUCCGUGACAUUCUAGCGAAUGGAGAGAGCGAGGCGGUGGAAUACAACGACCCUACGUUGCACUGGAAAGACGUGCCAUACGGUCAAGUCAUGAACGAUGGUUGCUCACUCGUGUCAGUUGGUGCCGCACACAAGAUCUGGAAGUACCUGAAGGAUGCCACAGGAGUGAGCGGGCCGCUUCCAAGUGCGUUCCAAGGACGCAUCGGGGGGGCUAAAGGCAUGUGGAUGAUCAGCGCCGAAUCCUACACCAAGGAUCCUGAGCACCUUGACAUAUGGAUCAAGAUUAGCGACAGUCAGCUCAAGUUCGAAUCUCAUGAAGCUGAUCUGUGCGAUGACAUAUUCGAUCCGCAUCGCCUUACAUUCGAGGUUUCAAAUUACAGCUCCAGCCCAGCCCAUUCAGAAUUACACAUUUCGUUCAUUGGGAUUAUGGCCGACAGAGGUGUCGAGAGAGACGUCAUCGCUGACUCCAUGAUCGAACGCUUGAAUGCAGAUAGAGCGGAGCUUCUCGACAAAGUGACGGAUCCUGUGAAGAUGUACGACUACGUUCAUAGGAACAGCGCGUCGUCUGAUGCUGGGGUCGACAUGCAGUGGCAAGCUGGAUUGCCAUCAUUAUUGAAAGAGAAGAUCAAGUUACUGCUAGAGUCCGGUUUUUCGCCGAUAAAGCUGCAGUACUUGGCAAAAAGCGUGGAGCGCUUCAUCAAGGCUCAACAUAAUUCCCAGGAAUCAAGCCUGCGAGCUCCAUUGGGCAAGGCCACAUACCUCUUUGGUAUUGCUGAUCCAAUUGGUGUAUUGCAACCUGGAGAAAUACAUGUUCGAUUUUCGACGCCUUUUGUCGAUGAGAUGACGGGUGAGACGUACUCGAGCUUGAAAUGUCAUGACAUUUUAGUUGCACGCCAGCCAGCCUGUCGCCGCUCCGACAUCCAAAAGGUCCGGGCAAUCGACCAUCCGGAUCUAUCACACCUAAUCGAUGUUGUAGUGUUCCCUUCCAGGGGUCGAUAUCCGUUAGCCGGAAAGUUGCAGGGUGGUGACUACGACGGGGAUAACUUCUGGCUUUGCUGGGAGGACAAGCUCGUCAGACCGUUCAAGAACGCCCCGGCCCCGGUUGAGAGUCCAGAUCCCGCUUGCUACGGCAUCAGACAGGACAAAAGAAAGCUCUCGGAUGUGAUGAACCCUCAAGAUGUAAGCAAUGUUGACGGCUUCCUGCGUGAGUCAUUCCUAUUCAGAGUCAACAAGUCACUUCUCGGCACGGCCACUGUUUUCCUCGAGAACCACGCUUACUACAAGAAUAAAAUUCACUCAUAUGAGCUCGAUCGCAUCUGCGAUAUGCACGAUCUCUUGGUCGACGCACCAAAACAAGGAUACAUCUUCACAAACGCAGACUUUGAGCUUUACAUCCAAAAGACGCUGCGGUUGAAAUUUCCACUCCCAUUGCCAGCCUACAAAGCUGCCAUGGAAAAGCGCAAGAAUACGAAGGAGAUGGGUGACAUGGAUAAGAUCCUGAAGGAGCCAGGUGAGCAUGAAAAGAACAAUGUCAUCGACUAUCUCUACUUCGAGGUCCUUCGAGCGCACAACGUUGCGACGAUGCGCAAGAUCCAGGAUAUUCUCUCCACGGCGACAGGAGCUGAUCCCGACCUACUCCACCCUCGAAGACGCCUUGAUGAUUACAAAGACAAAACCAUCGACGAAGAGCUGCGCAGGACACAGGAAGAGGUCGACAAGAUAUAUCAAAGUUGGCGCAAUGGCCUUCGCACGGGCCACACGACCGAAGAAUACGCACGACUUGUAGAAGACUGUCAUCGCCGUUUCCUCGCGAUCAAGCCGCAGAACACCGACCAUCCGCUCAUUCGGCCUUGGGUCGAGUGCUACCGGGUUCCUGGACAGUGCCUAUGGGACACUCUACGCGCAGCGACUCUCUACGCUAAGCUCACCCAGCCUAAAGCAUCGACUUUCGUCUUCAUGAUGGCCGGCAAUGAGCUCACAAGGCUGAAAGCCGACUGCUCUCCGCAGACAAGAGCCAUGGUUGCGAACAUCCGGGCAAACAUGAAGCCCAAGCCCAUCAAGGCACUGGCCAACGCUGACAACGACGACGAAGACGAGUCGGAACUCGCGUCGCUUAUAGAAGGAGAAGUCUCGUAG